GGUCUAUUUUAAGAAGAACGAAAGUAGAGAGGUGGCCUACGUCGGUAGCUGUUUCUGGUAAUUGCCUCUCAAGGGAAAAAAAAUGGCUGCCUUAGAAAGGGUGAAGGUGCUUGUGUUGGGUGAUUCAGGUGUGGGAAAAUCAUCACUUGUUCACCUAUUAUGUCACAAUCAGAUGCUGGGAAAUCCAUCCUGGACUGUGGGCUGCUCCGUUGAUGUCCGUAUUCAUGACUACAAAGAAGGAACUCCAGAGGAAAAGAUCUAUUUCAUCGAAUUAUGGGAUGUUGGUGGUUCUGUAGGCAGUGCUAGUAGUGUGAAAAGCACACGUCUUAUGUUCUACAAUUCAGUUAAUGGAAUAAUUUUAGUGCAUGAUUUAACCAACAAAAAGUCCUCCCAAAACUUAUAUCGCUGGUCUUUGGAAGCUCUGAACAAAGAUGUGACACCAUCUAGCGUCCUGGUGACAAAUGGAGACUAUGAUCGGGAACAGUUUGCUGAUAACCAGAUUCCACUGCUUGUCAUAGGAACAAAAUUAGAUCAGAUCCCAGAGACAAAACGCAAUGAGGUCUUGAGCAGAACUGCUUUUCUGGUUGAGGAUUUCAGUGCAGAAGAAAUCAAUCUGUUGCCUACAGAAGGAGCCAUAGCAUCAGAUAUCUUGAAGUUCAAAACAGCCCAAGGAUCUGCUCUGCAUCUUUCCUCCAUUUCCUCUAAGUGUGUGUAUUAUGCAAGAUUUAACAAGGAGGGGAUGAAAGAUUGUACAAGUCCUCGUUAUUUGGCUGCAGGUUCCUCCAAUGCUGUCAAGCUCAGCAGAUUUUUUGAUAAGGUUAUAGAAAAGAGAUACUAUAUACGAGAUGGUAAUCAGAUUCCGAGCUUUUCAGAAAAAAAGAGAAUGGGAAGUGGCUUUGUAAAGAAUUUUCACUAUGACUGAUCCUCUGCUGUGCCAUCUAUAGUGUGUGAAAAAUGAAAUGAAUUACCUUGUGUUGAAUGCAGCGUUCUGGUGCUAAGCAAAAUUGGAUCCUAUCCCAAUCAGAGAGUGUCUUCCCAGAUUUAUUUAGAAAGAAGCUGCAAUUCACUAUCCGAGAAACAUCAUGACUACCUAGCUUUGUUGUAGAGUAUGCUGUCUCAUAUUACAUUUUUCUUCAUUAUUAUUAAUUUACUGUUAACAAAUAACAAGUCAGUGAUGAGUGGAUGGCUAGAAAAGAGAUUCUACAGCAAUUAUACUAACAUCAUUCCCAUUUAUUCCAGCAGAUACUAUGUCACUGACAGCAAUCAGAGCUAAGGGAUUUCUGACUUAAACCUAUCUAUGAAUAAUAAUGGCUCAAACAUGAAGGAAUAGUAUCGGCAAAGCAAGCUUGCAAAUAAAUGAUACUAUUCAGGACUUUAAAAAUAACCAUGCAUACCUAUUUAAUAGUAUAUUGUACUUUUCAUACAAUUUCUAAGAUCAUUAAUUAAAUAAUAAAAUAUACAAAGAAAAUUUGGGGAAGAAGAAAACAAAACUCAGUGAAAAAUUACACAUUAAUGGCCACAAAUGUUUUGUGUUCCUGUUUUAUAGUAUCCUCUAUAUUUUCACACAAUCAAAUCUUGCCCACAAGAUAGAAGAGUCUGAAAAUUUAUGUAUAUUUUAGGGGUGUGCAAUAUUUCAAAUUCUAUUGGAGCCUGCCCAUAGGAACUGGCUACAAUUUCAUCUAUUCUUUUUUUGGAUUUAAACAUUUUAUUAGAUUAUA